AUGCAAUUGAAAUCAAUCCACUUUGCUGUGUUUCUUUAUCCGAUCCUGCUCCGAAAGUUGCCAGACCGACUUGCGCAUCGUUUCAUAGAGAAAAUCGAACCACAGAAAACAGCCGAUGAGGUUGAAGAUGUCCUCAGAGAGACAGACCUUGAAACUGUCAAGCUCGCAGAGCUUUUCCAGACGCGAUUAGAUACGUUGCGAAAUUUUCUUAAGAAAGAAACCGAAACAGGAGAUCAAUACGGUGCAAUAUUCGGAAAGGUGGCGUGGAGGAGUAGGUCGGAGUCAGGCUUUCGAUCAAGAGACGAGUCAGCCCCAGAGUCGAAAGUAAGCAAACCAAAGGAAACCCCUGCCAAUCCGCCCUCCUCAAAGUCCAAGUUUGCAUGUCCAUAUUGCAAGGAGCCUCAUGUCCCCGCGAAGUGCAAAGCUGAGUUAUCAAUCGAACUGAAGAAACAAAAGCUCGCGAGAGCCGGCUUCUGCUCGAAGUGUCUCAGAAGCGGGCAUUUAGAAGAUAAAUGUUCCUCACAAAUACAGUGCAUUAAAUGCAAGGGAGACCAUCAUGGUUCGUUGUGUGCCAACGUGAGGUCAGCAGUUGUCGCUCAGAGCAACCAGGCUGAAACGUUGGCAGCAGUCGGCCACCUAAUGCUCCUUGGUCCGGACGGUUCUCAGCGAGUGCGAUUCUUGUUGGACAGCGGUGCGAAUACAACUUUCAUUACAGAAGAGUACGCAGAGCUCCUCAACCUAGAGGUAGUCGGUUCAGACAAAUUUCUGUUGCACAGAUUCGGAGAGCAAGUCUCACAGUCGAGCGAAUGCAGAAUCGUUCGGUUCGGAGUUCUGACGAGCGACAAUCGAGCGCUGCAGUUCACUGCGCUGGUUGUACCGGAAAUAUCAAAUUUAGAACCGAAGCCGCUGUCCGGGGAGAUUCGCGCUCGCCUCCAAAAUCCAUCCGAUCAUCCAAAGGGUCCGAGGAAGCUCGGAAUUCUAUUCAGCUUCAGCGAUAUGGUUCAAAUUAUCAAAGGUGGCUUCAAAAAGCUCACGGAGAGCGUGUCCUAUCUCGACACAAUCUUCGGACAAGUUCCAGUGAGCGAAAACAAGCCUGCCUCCGAUUCAGGGGCAGCUUUCCCCGUAAACAUUGAAAAGUUUUGGGAACUCGAGCACAUCGGAAUCCUACCGGAGGAGCACACUGUUGAUGGAAAAAUCUCGGAGACUUUCAUUCAAGACUUUCUAAAAACCGUUGAAUUUAAGGACGGAAUGUACAGCACGAUUCUCAACCUGGACUCAAGAAAACUUGAGUAUCUCACAGAUAACUUCCCAGCAGCGAAGCAACAAGCUCACAAGCUGCUGAAAUCAUUGGAUCAAAAGCCGAGUCUCCGAGAAGAGUACAUCAAACAGAUGAAUGUGUUUUUCGAUUCUGGUUACGCCGAGCCGGUGCCCCUGGGGGAAAAACCUAGGUAUUUCAUGCCACACUUCCCGGUGGUCAAUGAAUCCAAGGUAUCCUACAAGGUCCGACCGGUAUUCAAUGCGUCGUCAAAGAUGAAAGGUCAACUCUCCCUCAACGAUGUCAUUCUCGAGGUUCCAAAUUUGCUUCCAACUUCUGUCGAAAUGUUGUCCAAGUUUAGAGUCCGUGAGAUCGCGUUCGUCGGUGAUAUCACGAAGGCGUACCUCACGAUCGGCGUAAAACCGGAGAUGAGAAAUUUCCAGUGUUUCCUGUGGUCCAGAAACGGAGACGCUUCGAAUCUCAAAGUGUACCGCAUGAAUCGAAACUGUUUUGGCGUCAAGGACGCUCAGUUCAACGUCAUCUCAGUUAUCCGAAUGCAUGCAAACAAUUUCCAAAACUCCCACCCGGGAGCAUCCAAGGCAUUGAUGGAGGACCUCUACAUGGACGACCUCGUAACGGGGGCUGACUCCAUUGAAGAAGCGAGGGAAAUCCAGUCCGAUAUCUCCUACAUUCUUGGUAAGGCUGCCAUGGUAAUGCGAAAAUGGCGUUUUUCGGAGGAAAGCUGCGAUGACAACUCACAGGUCAUUCUCGGGUCGCAGAUGCCAGAAAAAGUGCUCGGUGUUGUUUGGAACAACGAAACCGACGCUCUGACAUUCGAUCCCGCAAACUUGAUCGAGUUCGUCGCCGCCGCCAAACCAACGAAGCGAACACUGCUGGGUGCGGCCGCAAGGUUGUAUGAUCCGACAGGCUUCCUUUCACCUUUCGUGAUGCAGAUAAAAUUGUUGAUUCAGAAGGUUCAUCUCCAAAAACUGGGUCUCGAUAAAGCCUUUCAAGGCGAAAUUCUCGACGGUUGGAAAAAGUGGUGUGAUCAGCUUCCAUUCAUCAGUAGGUUCCAAAUUCCAAGGUGUUUCACGAAGGGAUUCAGAGCUGUGAAACUGGAGCUGCACACAUUCGCCGACGCGAGCGAUUCGGCGUACGCCGCCGUAGUCUAUCUCAAGUCGUGGAAUCCAAACUCGGAUGAGCGCGCUGUCGUGCUCGUAGCUUCGAAGGCUCGAAUGACGCCUCUCAAAUCUCUAAGCUCUCUAACGAUUCCAAAGAAGGAGCUUGUGGCGGCUAUGUGUGCGGCGCGGCUGGCAGCAUCCAUAAAAAAGUUCCUGAAUCUAAGUUGUGAGACGUUCUACUGGACGGACUCUAUGAAUGUCUACUAUUGGAUCAGAAGAGACUGUCCAUUGAAGUAUGAGGUGUUCGUUCGGAACAGGCUAAUUGAGAUUUCCAAGUUGACAAAACCGUUGGAAUGGCGGCAUGUCCCCGGAGUCGAGAAUCCGGCAGACUAUCCGUCACGCGGCAUGUCAAUGGAGAAACUACUCAAGGAACCGUCCUGGCUCAACGGACCCGCUUUUCUAAAAUCAGAAAUCUAUCCCGAAGUCCAUUCCACAGAGGUAGAAGUGUUUGUUGCAACGGCAACUCAGGUCGAGGUCAAGGAAAAGAAUUCGGUCAUUCCAAUCGAAAGAUACUCCACGCUAAGAAGAGCGAUCAGGGUAACGGCGACGAUUUUUCGAGCUAUAGCGAUCUUCCAGCUCCGCUGGUAUCAAAAAAAUGCCAGGACAAGGAAGUCCAAAGAAUUGGCUUCUCAGAAAGUCAAAUUGUUCGGCAAAGGUGUUCCGUCAGACUCCAUAACGCGCCGGCCGAUAACGGCACUCGAGCUCAAAUUGGCGAAGCAACACCUUACACGGGAGGCGCAACAGCGUUGCUUCCGGGAGGUAGCCUUGAGUCGGAGUGUCGCGGAGAGUCAGGCGCUCACUAGCCUUGGUGCGUAUUUCGAUUCUGCCGACUUGUUACGUCUGGGGGGAAGAUUGGAGAACUUCGAGGGAGAUGAGGCGUUGAAACACCCAAUCGUGCUGUCGGAAGACUGGUUCACGACGCUGGUGAUACGAGAUCUCCACGAAAACCAACUUUCUCACCUUCGUACUGACAUGGUUCUGGCGAAUCUCCGACAGGAAUUUUGGAUUCUCCAAGCUAGGCGCCAGGUCAAAAAAGUAAUCGGUCGUUGCGUGAGAUGCAAAAGGUAUACGGCCAAACCGUCCGGGGCUCCGCAGGCUCCACUACCGGCCCCCCGAACAGAAUCGGGUGGGGUGUUCAGGAACGUUGGGAUCGAUUACCUUGGCCCCUUCGAAAUCCGCAGUGGGAAAGUGUGGAUCUGUCUUUUCACAUGUUCUGUUACUCGAGGUGUCCACUUUGAGGUCGUUGAAGACUAUUCAGCCGAGGCAUUCCUGCAGGCUCUGAAACGAUUCGUUGCCACGCGCGGUUUGCCGGCCAGAAUAAUCUCAGACAAUGGUUCCAAUUUCGUGCGCUCGGCGAGGGGUUUGAGAUGCCUCUGGGAAAACCUUCGGUCAGCUCAGGUCCAGGAGUUCAUGAACGUUCGAGGCUUCCAGUGGUCCUUUAAUGUUCCCCGAGCAGCGUGGUGGGGAGGACAGUUUGAAAGAUUGGUUCGGGUGACUAAAGAUUGCAUGCGCAAGACGCUCAACGGGGCUGUGCUCUCUCUAUUCGGUUUCAUGACAGCGAUCAAGGAAAUUGAAGCAAUUAUAAAUUCGAGACCUCUAACCGUCUUACCAGACAAUCCCUCCCUUCCGGAAGCGCUGACACCUGCUCAUUUCAUCACCGGUGCAAACUCACUCAGUCUCCCCAAGGGCUCCGUAAAGUCCAAGGGCGAAAAAGACGACAGACUGACAAGAUUUUGGCGUAUUCGAGAAAAGUUGCUAAACGAUUUCUGGAUGAGAUGGAGGAAUGAAUAUUUUUUAAUGUUGAGAUCUGCCCAUGAAAAGGGACGCGUUCGAGACAGCUCGCCGCUCGCCCUCGAUGACAUCGUUUUGAUACAUGAACCGAAAUUAGAACGUGCUCGAUGGAGGUUAGGCAGAGUGGUUGAACUCCCACCGGGCAAGGACAAGGUUGUAAGAUCAUGCAGAGUCAAGACGCAGAAUGGGAUUCUAACAAGAGCGUUGCAACAUAUCUACAGGCUGAUCUGA